CAGGAUCCACCAAUCCAGACCUCCUCAUUGGAUCAGCCACCUGAAUCAGAAAACACAAAACAGUCCAACUAUGUACUUAGUAAUAAUAUACAAAUAAUGUGAUAACAAAUAUAACCUCCACAGUUAUAAACGUAAACAUUGAUGUGUUGUGAUAAAAGCAUACAUAGCUGCGGGUGUUGCACCACCAGUUACAACAAUUCUAUAACCACAGUGUGACUUUUAUGACUGAGAUUGUACAGAUUAACUCCCCGGGAAUAACAUCACAACAAGGAUCCACAGUUACUCAGGUUGUUCUGAAUAAUAUGACACAGUUUAAAGCUAGCUAAUGAGCACUAACAUUAGCAAACACGUGUAAACAAACUCAACUGAUCGGCUAAUAGCCGCUAGCUCCUGUAAUGAACAAUUAACAAAAAACCCGAAUGUUUGUUAUGUACGACUUGACGGAAAUUUAGCAAAGCGGGUAAAUUUGCUGCUUUUGUGUGUAGCUCUUAGAUUUGAUCAAUAAUGAACAUACAAAGAAACAACGAACAUACAAAUACAGAGCGAAGACACAAAUAUAGAACGUUACCAGAAAAAAACAAACAUUUGAUAUGACACUUUGCGUUGCGGGGAAAAGUAAGCCAAUGGUUGAAAUAAAAUAGCGAUUCAAAUUAGUAAUGCACACAUAGAUACACUUAUAAUUGCAAUACAAGUAGAAGGAAACGAAUUACCUUUGAAAUAAACGCUUUCUUUUAAUAAAAACCUGCCUGAGUGAAGCUGAACUUGUCAUUUCCGUGAAACCUGAACACAACCAUGACAUCACCGUCCACUGCGCAUGCGCGUGUAUUUAUCAGCUUCUCAACCCGACGUCACCGUCUACAGCGCAUGCGCACAUAUUCACUGGCUUCACAUUUUCAGUUUUACGAUUUUUUGAAGUAGAAAUAUAUUUUAUAUACUUUAUAAACACGUAAUAUUAAAAUUGAAUUGCACACACGGAUAUUGCCCGCAACUAAGGGUGGCACAAUUAAAACAUACAUUUGAUGACGUGAACAUUUUUUAUUAUUAUUUUAUUAUUAACUAUUGUGUUUCUUAAAAAUGUUUUGAAUGUAAGUUUUAUUAAUUAAAAAAGCCCGAAAAUGUAAAACCAGUUGUUGCUAUGGCAACCAUUUGUUUAGUUACAAAUGACUGGGCCAUAAGCCAUUUGGCUUUAAACAGGAUUCAGACCGAAGCUUUUCUUUAAACAGGAUUCAGACCGAAGCUUUUCUUUAAACAGGAUUCAGAGCUUUAAGAUUCUCAGCCUCUCAGACUAACGUGUGUCUGUGUCUAAGGUGAGGUAAGUAUGAAAAGUGUGAAGUUUUGUUUAGUUUAUAAAGUUUGAUAUUAUUCAGACUAGGCAUCUAUGUUUUAGUCAGAAUUACUGUGCAGGCUGUUGAUAUACAACUCAAAGUAAAUAUAAAGAUUAUAUUAUCGUCUAAAAAGUGUCUCAAAGCCAAAUGACAGUAUUUUUAGCUGUGCAUAAGACUGAAAGGUUUUUAUUCUGCACUUUUCUCUUUUUGUGUUAAUUUCAUGAUGAGUAUUUGUGAUUAUUUAUGUUUUGAUUUGUUGUAUUGUGAUUCUAAUGUCUUUCUUAUUCUGUAAAGCACUUUGAAUUACCUUGUGUACGAAUUGUGCUGUACAAAUAACACUUGCCGUGCCUGUUUUGUCUUUUUAAUUUGUGUCUUUUUCAUUCAAAUUAGGUGCAGAAGAUCACAGUAGAAAAUGUUUUUACAGGACUACAACACCCAGGACAAUGCUCUGGAAAACCUUCUCAAUUCCAAAAUAAGGGACCGCUCUGAGCUUUUUAGGGCAGAAUGUGUGCGUCUCAUGGAGGAAGCUAACAAAGCAUGCAAACGUAUGCAAGCUGACAACCAAAAACGCCUCGACCAGAGAGUAAAAGACAUCAACUUUCUGAAGAAGGAGCUUGAGCAGAAGUUGGAGGAGAUAAUUCUGGAGACGGAUAGCCUCAUAACGUUACAGGGACGAGUGCAGAAAGCUCUGGAAGCCUGUAAAGACCCUCUGAAAGUGUCUGUUCAAUGCAUCGAUGAGAGGAUGAGACGUGUCCCUCAGAAGCAGCUCCAUGAUGCUGUGGACCAAGAGCUGUUGAAGGAGCGUGAGGCCAUUGAGGGAGUGGCUGUGCUUCUGCAAAGAGUUCUGCAGCAACUCACAGAGCAGAUACGGCUGAACCGAUCAUCUAAGUAUCAUCUGGAGCAGGACUUAAAGGAGAAAUUUGAGGCUCAGUCCAUUGACAAAUCAUGUAUUCUGAUGACCCACCACUCGAGUAACCCCAUACUUGAACCCCAGAACAAAUCUAUUCUGCCAAGUUUGUCAGUGACUCCUCUGCAGUGGGAGAGCAUAUCAGAUAUAAACCUGGCCAAAGCAGAGCAGCAGAGGAACAACUCUAUGUCUCUGAGGACUUUGGUGGAGUCUCUCUUGGAGCAAACCGCGUCUGAUUUACAAAAACAAUUUCAGGCCACAACUUUGGCUUUUCAGCUCAAUGUACAGGAGCUCAAGAAGGCCAAGGGACAAAUGGAGGAUCAUCUGUCCAAGAUCUUGUUGGAGUACAAUAAACAGCAGACGAUCUGUGAGGAGCUGGAGGUUUCCAUCCAAGAGAACCAGCGCUGUCUAAGUCUGGCCCAGGGUCGUCUGUCUCUGCGCCAAAAACGCCCGUCCAAAGAGCAGUGCUUUGACCCCGCACAGGCGCAGCUCCUCAACGAAGUCCAGGUCAUCACAGCCUACAUCACUAAGCUGCGUCAGACCCUGACCCAGUCCGAAGAGGAGCAGAGGGCGUUGGUUCGAUGCCAGCUCGAGCUUCAGGAAAACAUUAACAACAAAUCUGGAGCUUUGUACAUCGAUGAGGUGCUCUGCGGUCAGUACAGGGAGCCCGUCAUCAUCCACAACUUCUAA